CUUUCUGCUCCUCCAUGAAGUUUGACUCUUUACCAUCUCCGUUGACAACUUCGGUGCCGGUUUUUCUUCUUCGGCAGAAGGUUCCAUUUCGACCAUGGCGAUUUCCUAUCUCUCACCGGCGUCUGCCGUGCUGAUUCUGUUGGUUACAGCGGUGCUCGUCGAAGCUGGCGACAACAACCGAGUUUUCUCACCUUGCACUGACACAACUGUUGAAACUUCCGACGGCUUCACCUUAGGGUUUGCUUUUGCGACGCAGCAGAAGUUUUUCUUCAACAAAACAUUGCAGUUGUCUCCUUGCGAUAGCAGGCUCGGUCUUACGAAUGGAAAUUCUCUGAUCUCUGUGUUUAGACCUAAGGUUGAUGAGAUCUCCCUCCUCACCGUCAACACUUCUCGCUCUGUGUCCUCCUUCGAUCCGUCUUCAAAUGGCUAUAUGGUUGCAUUUGCUGGCCGGAAAUAUGCUGCAAGGUCCCCUCCAAUUUUUGUCGCAGAUCAACAGCAUAUCGUAACCAGCUUUACUCUGGUGCUUGAGUUUGAAAAAGGAAGGCUGCAAAACUUGUUCUGGAAAAGGGAUGGUUGCGCUCAAUGUUCAAACAACAAUACCUUUGUUUGCAUCCACAAUCAGGAUUGCGCAAUCAGAACAAACAGCUGCAAAAACAAUGGUGGUUCUGUCGAUUGUAGUCUCGCAAUUCAGUUAGCAUUCUCCGGCACGGAUAAGCAUCUUUCUGUCUUCAACUCUUGGUAUGAAGUGUCGAGACUUCGUCAGUACUCACUCUUCAAUCUGUAUUCGAACCUCAAAGAUUCUCUCACAAGUCAGUAUAACAAGAUUUUCUAAUAGACCAUAUUUCUGUUGAUGUAUAUUGUCAUGAUUUCCAUCAUUGUAUGCUAUAAUUCAGUUUGUGCAACAAAUUCGUUUGAAAUCUUCUUCAUUUCUCAUUAAUUAAAUGUGUUAACAAUAGGUUUGGGACGACUAGUGUUGUAUGUAUUUUGUAUACAAAUAUCACAGUGUUGAAUUUCUUCUCUUUCCCCA